GAAGACCCUGUAUAUUCAUAUUUGUUUAGCUGUCUGUUCAUCGUGGGAGAUGAUUACAAUUUGUGGGACCGGACUGAAGUUUGGGGUCAGAUUAAACCCUUUAAAUUAAUCUGGGACACCAGCCCUCCACUGGUUGAUAAUAUUGCACAAAUUGUUGAACCUCUUGGUCAUGGUUCAGUUCUGGGCCCUGCAAAUAUGAGAACAUUUAGAUCUGAUGGAGUUAUGUUAAGCUCAGUUCAAAACUAUAAGGGUGGAUAUAUGGCGGGUCAACAACAAGCUUGGCAGGCAACUUUGGAUUACUACAGAAAUGGCACGAUUUUCAGUGUUCAGCCAACACAAGAAGAUAUGUGGGUUGGUGGAAUUCUUCCUAAAGUUGGCCAAUUCGGCAGCACCUUGAUCUCCAUGUAUUCUCCAGAAGUUCUAGCAACAGCUGUAUUUGGAAUCAAAACUACACAUGCGCACUUUAGGCAGGAUGCGUUCGACGAAUAUCACGUCCAUAUGGCCGAAGAAGGAUUCGGCUGGCUGGUUGGAAGACAAGAUGAUGCUUUUGUGGCUCUUUAUUCAUGGCAGCUAGGAUAUUGGGAGCCCGAGAAUAUCACUGAAGAGGGAAUAGUUUACAGAGAUUUUGUAUCAGAAGGUGUGCAGAAUGUGUACAUCUGUGAAGUAGGAAAUCUCAAACUGAACGGUUCUUUCGAAGAUUUUGUUCAAAAUGUUGUAACUUCCACUGUACAGGUAAAUCUGGCAUACAAUGAUUCGUUAUUAGAGUGCCUUGUUGACAACGGAUGCUUGGAUAGUAUUCCAGCGUUAAUUGGAUGUCUUUUGGACACAUGCAGUUCUUCCUCAGAAGAGUUGUUUAGAAAAGAGCUUCAAACUGCUGUGGAUCACAGUGAUGAUCAACAAAUCUUCAGUUUGGUUGCCCAGCGUGUGAAUAAUAUUAGACAUUCUGAUGUCGAUGUUGUCUAUGUGAGAAACUCGACAAUAUUUGAGAUUGGGUGGAACAGUAAUUUUAUUGUGGAUGGAAACGAUAUUAGCACUGAUGAUUUCCAACGCUACAGCAACAGGUUUACUAGCAUGGAUUGGGGGGCACGGUCUAUAGAUAUCAAAACUGAAACAUCAAAUCUUUUCAUGGACUUUGAUACAUUAUCUAUCGUAGAAACAUAAAAAUAGUUGAAAUAAAACGAACUAAAUAAUA